AUGAUGUGUGACGAGAUCGAACAGGAGCUCCUCGAGUUGGCAAUGGUCGCCCAGCGCGCCCACGACCAGGCCGCGGCAGGCCAGUACGUCGAUUACGAGGUCGAUGGCACCUCCAGCCGCGACUCCGACACCGCGGUCGGCUCCAUGGCCCCUUCGGCUGGGGGGAAGCAGCCAAAGCACUUGCAGAAGGAGCGAGAGGGAGAGGAGGAGGAGGAGGAACAGGGGGAAGAGGGACAGCAGCAGCAGAGUCAACAACAACAGCCCUCGAAAGAGGACAACAACUCCGACAACGACUGGCUCAAGUCGUGGAGACUGACGAGCCCCCUCCAGCGAAGCAACGCCUUCCGCCGGGUCUCGCGAUGGCGCCGCGCCCUCGACCUAGACGCGGCCACGAUCCGCCAGUCGGUGUUUUGCGGAACCGUCAUGAUCCAGCGGUCAAUCGACGGCGUUCCGUUCGCGCAGAGCAACUGCAACAGCAGCCCGGGCCAGCUCGCCCUCUGGACCGACACGUGCGUCGAGGGCUACUGGCUGCGGCCGGCCGGGUACGCCGUGUCGUACCGCAGCACAGGCGGCGGCGGCCAGUGGAAGUACCGGGUGGUCCGGACCGGCGCGGCGGCGGACAAGGACAAGGAUCAUUUGGAGACGCUGGCGAUCCGGGCGGCCCUCCAGGCGGCCCUCACGGAGGCGGAGGAAGUGGAGAUGGCGGCGGCGACGGCGGUCGCGGGCGAGCCGGUCUCGCUGGUGAGAGUCUUCUCCGACUCUACCCCGGUGCUGCGACGCCUCUGCCGCAUCCAAGGGCCCUUGUUCCUCACCAUGUCACACGAGCGGACCGAGGUGGUUCAGGCCACCCAGGACAUACUGAACCUGGCGCGGAGCCUCAAGGGGCGGGGAGCCCGCGUGGAACUCCAUUGGGUGCCCCGGGGCAAGGUGGACGGGAGCCGGCUGGCCGACAACAAGGCCAGAUACAUGGAUGAGGAGGUGGUCGCUCAUCAGGAAGCGAGGGAGUAG